AUAGGACGCUCGCCCAUUCUUUGACAGCUCGGGACUCGACGUCAGAGUACUACAACAUUAUAGUGAUAUAUGGCGACGUGUCAUAAUCCAUUUAGCUGUCUGACAGUCAGGUUAAAUGAAGCUCUUUAGUUUUAAACAGGAACAAUGUCUAGGUUUACUUGACUUCAGUUCUUCUAUUAGCCUUGUUGUAACCUACAUCACUGUCGGCCAACUAGCAACUUGUUAGCUAGCUAGCAACAGGGAGCCUCCCUGACGUUAGCCAUUCUGUCUCGCUCUUCCAUUCAAUUGUGCCAGCGUCAACUGAUCAUUUAUCGAGACUCGGCUGUAACUAGCUGCCUCUAUUGUUUACAUGGAUCAGCUGAGGUCCUUUAUGGGCAUGCCGUGGUCCUAACAAUUCUGGAUCAAGUAUAGUGGAAAUAUGAAAAAUGGAGCUGGGAGGUAGCUAACCUCUGUUGACAACCCACUGUCUGCUAAAAUGAGGAUGAUCGGGGCUCUGAAGGGGGACAGCUGUGCCUGCAGGACUGUUUGACUUUUGUGUGGGAGGUGGACAAAGGACAGGGGGGUUUGUUUGUCCAUAUUAAAGCUCAACCUGAGGUAACACCACAUGAAGAGAAUAGGAAAUAAACCGUGCAAGAUCAUGAUCCAGUCUUCAGGCAAAGGCAUGAUACUACAGACCCUGCUGAUCAUCAGCCUUCUUGGCUGGGUGAAAUGUCAGGAGAGCCAGAGCAUGACACCGGAAGAGAAGAUUGCUAUCAGGGACCAGAUUAUUGAAAUGUUUGAUCACGCCUAUGGGAGUUACAUGAAAUAUGCCUACCCAGCAGAUGAGCUGAUGCCUCUGAGCUGCAGGGGCAGAGUUCGAGGCCAGGAGCCCAACAGAGGGGACAUCGAUGACUCCUUGGGGAAGUUUUCUCUCACACUGAUCGACACUCUUGAUACCCUGGUGGUGUUAAACAAGCUUGAUGAAUUUGAGGACGCUGUGCAGAAAGCUGUGAGCGAUGUCCGCCUGGACAAUGAUGUGGUGGUGUCUGUGUUUGAGACCAACAUCAGAGUACUGGGAGGUCUUCUGGGAGCCCAUGUGAUGGCUGACUUGCUGCGGCAGCGCGGGGAGAGGAUGCAGUGGUAUCAGGAUGAGCUCCUACACAUGGCCAAAGAGCUGGGUCAUCGAUUGCUGCCUGCCUUUAACACCACAAGUGGCCUUCCCUACCCCAAGGUGAAUCUGCGAUAUGGAGUCCUGAACCCUCUCUCACGCACAGGCACUGAGUCAGACACCUGCACAGCGUGCGCCGGAACAAUGAUCCUGGAGUUUGCUGCCCUCAGCAGACUGUCCGGAGAGACUGUGUUUGAGGAACAUGCUAGGAAGGCUCUGGACGUCUUGUGGGACAGGAGGCAGAGGGGAAGUGACUUGGUGGGGACUGUCAUCAACAUUCAUAAUGAAGAAUGGGUCAGGAGAGACAGUGGAGUUGGUGCUGGGAUUGACUCGUACUAUGAAUAUCUCAUGAAGGCUUAUAUUCUUCUAGGAGACAACGUUUUUCUUGAAAGGUUCAACACUCACUACAGUGCCAUUAUGAAGUACAUCAGUCAGCCUCCCUUGCUGCUUAAUGUGCACAUGCACAAUCCCACUGUGAGCGUACGCAGCUGGAUGGACUCUCUCCUGGCGUUCUUCCCUGGCUUACAGGUUUUGAGAGGAGACCUGAAGCCAGCUAUUGAGACUCAUGAAAUGCUUUACCAAGUCACCAAACAGCAUAAGUUUCUUCCAGAGGCUUUCACCACAGAGUUCAGAGUUCACUGGGGCCAACACUUACUGAGACCAGAGUUUGCAGAAAGCACCUACUACCUCUAUAAGGCCACUGGCGACCCAUACUACCUCAGAGUUGGACAGUCCAUCGUCGAGAAGCUCAACGCCUACGCCAGGGUGCCUUGUGGAUUUGCUGCUGUUCAGGACGUCCGCACUGGGACGCAUGAAGACAGGAUGGAUUCCUUCUUUUUAGCAGAGAUGUUUAAAUACCUGUACCUGCUGUUUUCGGAGAAGAGUGAGCUGCCGAUCGAUAUUGACGACUACAUCUUCACCACAGAGGCCCACCUCCUCCCCGUGUCUUUGUCCACCACCAAGCCGCCCUGUCCAGGCAAUGACACAGUGAGACAUCUCACUUUGUCUGAAACAGAGCAGGCUGUUCCAAUCCCUCAAGAGGAAGAUCUGUUUACACACUCCUGUCCCAGCUUGGAGACUCUCUUCCCCAACAACCCUUCAUUUGCCAAAACCAUCCGGGAUGGCUACAAGUACCUCACUGGGGUGGGACGAGCUGUCCACCCUUUACCUAUCAGGGAAAUUGAAUUACCGCUCCAUGAUAACGGCAUGGAGCCAGUGGAGUUCCUGAAAAGCAUGGGCAUUUCUCUCACUCCAUUGAAUGAGAUCAUAGUAGGAGACAGGAAACUUCAUAAGGAGCAUAAAGGAGUGUACCGGGUGAAACUGGUGGCAGAAUUGAGCCAGACCCCAGAGGAGGAGGAGGUGGUGCCUCACGCCGUUCAGCUCAUUUCCCCACCAUUCCUGGGUAGGACGGUCCUCACAGCGGGACCUGCCAAGUUUGGCAUGGACCUUACAAAGCAGGAGCACGGGGUGAAGGGCAGCAUAUUGAAAGCCUCCCCGUACACUGCAUGUGGGCCAAUAGAUAAUGCAGAGGAGCUCAAAGGCAAGAUUGCUCUGGCGCUGCGUGGUGACUGCAUGUUUGCUGCAAAAGCUCGUCAGCUGCAGGAGGCAGGAGCCACGGGAGUCAUUUUUAUAGACCACCGGGAGGGAAGUAACAGCGAGGAAACCCCCCUCUUCCAGAUGGUUGGAGAUGGCGACUCCACUGAUGACAUCACCCUGCCUUUGGUGUUUGUGUUCAGUCGUGAGGGUGCCAUGCUCACGGGCGCUCUGGAGGAGCAUCAGAAUGUGGACGUGCUGCUGCUGCCUAAAGAGAGGCAGCUAGGACAUGAUAAGAAAGAAAAACCCAUCGGUGUGAACAUCAAACUCCGCCUGGCAGAGGAGGGAGAGCUGGAGGAUGGAACAGCCAGAGGCCCCACCCUGGAGUUUGUCUUGGAGAAAGAACAGUUCCUCAUUAAGGAGGAAGAUGAGGAAGAAUUCGAGCACAGGGAACAGCAACAGGAGUUUUGCACAGAGGCAGCGAAGUUACGUAGAACUGAACAGCAUUCAGCAGGUUCAUCUGACUGUACGAACUUUGACUGCGGACCAGACACAAACCCUUGACCACUGCUAAUCCCGUGUUUCCUGACAGUGAUCCCUCGUCAGUUUCUGAUUGGCUUUGUGCGUCAGAGCCCCUCACUGCCCUACAAGGAGCUCUAACUGACCCAGCCUGCAUGUUUGCAACCAACGGAGGAGCAGUGUGAUGAUGACAACACUUUUAUCCUGUGAAACCUCAAGAUGUGUCUGUAUUUAUUAGACAGAGAGUCAAAGUGGAGCCUGAAGUGAGGGGGGUCCCAUGAAACUAACGUAGAUACUUAGAGGCUGUAAGCUGUAGGUUAAGAUGGCUGAGCUUGUGCUGAUCCUGUAGUGUUGCUGUUGUGAGCACAUGUGAGGUGCUCUUAGAGACAAUGACGUAGACCACUGACUCAAGUUUAAAUUGACCUCCCCCUGGAGGAAACUCAGAUAAGGCAAAAACAAAACAUACUCCGCUCCUUUUUUUUAUGCAAUGCAGUUUGUUUUUAUGGUAGAUUGCACCUUUUCACUUCAACAAGCUACAAGUAAGUCAAAUAUUCAGUAAUGGUGGAUAGCAGAGAGACCAGCCAGUAGGUGGAGUUAGCGCCCACCUUAAUGUGUCACUAAUAUAACACACAAAGAUGAAAGAGAUGAACUGGGGCCAAUUUAGAUAUUUGUUUUGUACAAUUAAGCAUCUUCAGGGAAUUUAAAGAGUAAAUGCAGUUUGCUAGGUUGACCCAUUUGGUCAAAUGUUUAUGCGUGUGUGUGUUUUGCAUUUCCUUUUUUGCUAUCACGUGUGAAUGUUGGAGAGUGUGUGCAAGGUGUGUAAUAACUAAAAUACUAAAGAAAGCAUCUCAGCGUGAACAUCACCCUACUCUCUAUACAACUUGAUCAUCCCAGGAAAUCAUAACAACACGUCUUUAGGACUGCAGUAAUGAAUCUUUCAGGACAGGAGGAGUUUUAGGCUGUUUGACAUUUUCAGACUCAUGAGUAAACUGAGUGAUUGAUAACUUCUGAUUAAAUCGUGUUUAUUGCCUUGUAAAAAAAAAUGACCAAAGAAGGUGUAGUUGCAUGUCACAGGGUUAGUUCCAAAUGCUGCAGUCCCAGACUGGUAUGCACUUUGAAACACGGGUAUGAUUGUCUCUGGCAGAUUCAAACAUUUCAAACCAUGUGUUUUUGUGUGCAAUACGUUCUUUGAAUUGAAGUCAUUUAUCAACAUGGCCUUCAGUGAUAGAUGCAACUUUUCUGCACCUUUAAACUUCACCUUUAAAAACAGAAGUAAUUACAAAUACAAUUCCUAGAUUGCAGCAGGAGUCACCCAGAAGGUGUAACUGGAGUUACCUGUGGAUAACAGACAUAGUUUGGAUGACUAAAAUAGCUGUACUUGUGGAUUGUUGGAUGCACUUUGGAUUCUGUUUUGUUUCUUCCAUUAAAACCUAAAUGUAACUGUUCUCACUUUUUCUAUACAUACUGAAACAUAUUGUUAGCGUUCUUGUGUGUACAAACUUUUAUGCAACAGUUCAGAAACAUAAAAAACUCUCAAAUCAGUGUCCUCAUAAUCACUUGAGUCUUUCACACUUAUCAUUUGUUCCAUGAUGUCUGUCUUGUGAUACAUAAAUGUCACCUCAAGUCUGGUCUAACAGCACUUUUGUGCCAGAGUAUCUUUUGUGUUUGUCGUGAACCUUCUUCUUGAUGCUGCUGAGUUAAUAUUGAGUCUUAAUUCAAAGUGACAGUGUUUUGAUUUAGCCCAAAUGAGGCUUUGCCAACAGGUAUACCUCAGGACUGUGCAUGUUACUGUUCACAUAGAGAAAAUCAUCAUGAACAAGUAGUACAUAUUGUUUCCAUUCAUUUUUAACACUAAUUAAUAUUAUUUUCUGAAGUUUCUGUCCAUGCAGUUAAAAUAGAUGCAUGACACGACUCCUGUUUCUGUGACACAUCUUCUCUGUAUUCAGUUUGGGGACUGAGCUGAAACAAUAAAUUUGAAUCCACUAUA